AAUAAUAAAAAAGGAAUAUUGAAGAAAGUCCCACAAAUGGUCUCUUCAGUGUUUUUGAAGUCAAACAACAAUCCAUCAGUCUCCUCAUCUUCCAUACGCAACCCGACAACCGAACCUCUAAACAACUUGGCUCUCUGUUCUUGUGGAACAAGAACAACUACAAGUAGUGAGAUCGAACCAUGGAUUCCUCUUCACCUUCUUCCAUUGAUGCCCUUCCAGAUGGGCUCAAAGAUAAAGUGUCAACGGUUGACCCCUUUUUGAUCGAAGCCCUUCACAACCCUCGACACCGUCUAACCAUUCUGCGGAUGGAACUUGAUAUUCAAAGGUUCUUGCAAAACCAAGAUCAGCAGUUGUUUGAGUUCCAACACUUCCCUACUUCGUACCUUCGACUCGCAGCUCAUCGUGUUGCUCAACACUAUGGUCUGCAGACAAUGGUUCAGGAUAAUGGUAUAGAUGGACAAGGGAGAAUUUUGGUGAAGAAAACUGUCGAAGCUAGAUUUCCAACCAUUUGCUUAUCCCAAAUACCUGCAAAACAAUUGGCUGAUGAUAAACCUGGGCACGUUAAAAUUGCUAUUAGGCCGAGGCCAAAUAAGUUGUCUGAUGAAGCAGGUAAUUGUAUGGCUAAGCAAAGUCAUGCUAGGACUGUGGAGCAGAGGAAGGAAGAGUACGAUAAGGCACGUGCUCGAAUAUUCAGCAGCCAAGGUAGUAUUGGUCCAGUGGAGGUAUUGCCCCAUACUGUCAUCGAGGGGCUUGGUAUACCUCCAAACAGAGAUAGGGUGGAAGAUUGUCGAGUGAACGAUGUUGAGAAGUAUACAAGUGUUACAGAUGCUGGGAAUGGGGCUUCUUCUCGGGUUGCCAUUUUAAGAGAUAGGGAAAAGGAUCUUAGUGACCCAGAUUAUGAUCGGAGUUAUGAAAGGUAUGUUAAGAGCCUUCCAAUUAAUCUGACUCCGAGCUUGAAUUUUGCUCCUUUCACCGUGCAAAACAUCACACCUUCAUUUACCGGUUACCAUGUACCAAGGAACGAGGUUUCACUGGGCUAUGUUUCUCCUUCACCAAUCAAGACUGUAGGAUUGAAUCAGGUGUCUAGACCCUCGGCCAAUGUGCCGUGGCCAUGUGCAGGGAUGCCAUACCCACAUACUGCUUUUCAGGCUCCAUUGUAUCAACAAUCUUUGAGUUUUGAUUAUUUGCAAUACAAUUGAAUACAGCAGUUAGGAAAUAGUGUUAAUUAAAAACUGAUUUACUCAGCUAAUUAUAUACUCAUUUUGUUGGUUCCAAAACCUCCCGUUAGAAUCAAUUGUUUUAAAUUAAACUCUUUUAUUUAUACUUACUGUCCUUUCUAAUAUUCAUUAUUGAGUGUCUUUCUGGGCACAGUGUUCAGGAUUCUAAA